CUCGUGUGCCAAGAAGUAGGGUUAUGUAUGUCAGGCGUGGAAGUGAUUACUGACGACUUGCAAAGCCACCCCUGGUGCUCCCACGGCCCCACCCUCCUUUUUUCACGUACUAGUAAUGGGGUUAAGAGACGUUUUUUCGCCUGUUCGGCCUGCAGGGACCGCAAACUGUGCCCCUUUUUUCUGUACGAAGACGAAAAACAUAAAUACAAAUCUGAGGGGUGGAAAAACGAGCGUGAAAAAUUUCUUCGGAAUAUUGACCACAGAAAAUUAUUUAUAACUUUAAACCAAAUGCGUCAAUUACCCCCAACUGAUAGGGCAUACUGCCAUACGUGUGCCGGCUUCCAAUUGAAAAAAUUCUGGGACAAACAUACCGAACAUAAUUUUGUUACAACAGUUAGUGAUUAUGAAAUUGCACAUCCGAGUGAGUUUUUGCCCCCUUUGGAGGACGCAAAGAAGGAGGCACAGUUUUUAUUUUCACUGACUUCGGUCCGUGUGAUCGUGGACAUUUUUAAAAGUUUAAAUUACCGCAAAGUUAUUAGUUUGGGGACCCCCAGGAUCCACGAAUUUAUCACAAAUCAGUGCCCUGAUAUGGACACACUUUUACUAGAUUUCGACUCGCGGUAUCACAAUUUUUACGGCCCGUUGCAAUUUUGUUGGUACAAUAGUUUCAACAACCAUUUUUUUCUCCCCGAGUCUCAACAAGUGUUUGAGGAUUUUUUAAAAACUGAGAGCGAUCUCGUACUGAUUUUAGACCCACCUUUCGGGGGUCGGGUCGAGCCCUUAGCCCACACAAUCAAACAAAUCAGCGAAAAAUACAAUCAACUGAAUGAAAAAACAAAAUUGUCGGUAUUUUGGGUAUUCCCCUACUUUAUGGAACCGCAAAUACUAAACAGCCUCCCCGACUAUUCCAUGCUCGAUUAUAAAGUCGACUAUGACAACCAUCCUUUGUUUCAAGACGGCGCUAAGGCGCGGAAAUUUGGGUCACCCGUCCGAAUUUUCACGAACGUGGACCCGAGUAAAAUAGUCCUUCCGGCGAAUGAAGGCUACAAAUUUUGCCAAGAGUGCAACAAAUGGGUUUCAAACGAAAACAAACACUGCCCCAUUUGCCAGAAAUGCACCUCGAAAGACGGCCGGACGUACACCCACUGUCCCAUGUGUGCAAGGUGCGUUAAACCGAGUUGGCAGCACUGCGAAAAAUGUGGUCGGUGCUGCCAACCGGACCACAAAUGCGGCGACUUGGUCUUUACUCAGGAUUGUUUCCACUGUAAACAACCGGGGCACAAAAAACGGGACUGUCCCAAGGUUGAUCACAAACAAUUACAUAUGAAACGCAAAUUGAAAAGUAAAAAUAGGGCGAAACGAGUUAAAUACAGUUAGGAAUCCAU